AGGGGGUGACGAUUCAGAUCAGAGAGAGUGCUUUUAGUUUUAAACCAACUGGAUCACAGUUGAUUUAAACCUAAAAGAUGAAACUGUCAACCCAAAGGAGACUUAUGUGAGACUCAUUCUGCUGUCUGAUAGGAUAAUUCUUAUAACAUAAAUAAAUUAGACAUCUUCAAAUGUUUUAUUUUAACAUGUUUACCUCAUAUCUGGGGACAUAGAUUUGUAAUGUUUAGGAUUUUUAAAAUCUAAAUUUCGCAUACAGUUCGUUUAAUUAUUUUAAAACGUGCUUGUGUCAUCAACAAUGUAACUUGGGACAAAUACAGAUUUAUCUUGUCUUAAAUUUAGCCUGUCAAACAAAGCACAGGGUUUACUCCUCUGUCUUCGGGCGCUCCCUGCUUCUGCGCAUGCGUAUUCCAACAAUUCCAUAAACAUGUAAAAUACUGAGGAAAGACAGACCUGAAACUCAUGAAGUGGCGAACUAACAGGGUUUAGUGUGACAGACUUAUUCAACUUGAAAAGAGAUCAACAGCAUCAUGUUUGGUAAAAAGAAGAAAGAACCGGUGUCUAGGGGGCAAGGUGCUGCUGCCGCCAAACAGAUGGGGCUGUUUAUGGAUCCAGAGGAGAUGAUGGAGGGGAUGGAGGAAAACCUGAACGACCCGGAUCUGGAGGCUGAACUGGCUGCUCUCACUGGAGGCAAAACUGCAGCCAGAGGGAGAGCCAAGGCCAAAGGGAAGGCACCUUUGCCCAUGGAGGACAUUGCUCGAAUGGCCGACGAAUGUUUGAGAGAUAUAGAGGAUGACGAUGAUGAAAAUGUUGAAGAUGAUGAAGAUCUAUUGGCAGAGCUUCAGGAAGUGGUGGGUGAAGAGGAAGAGGAAGAGGAGGAGGAUGAAGAAUCUGGUCCGACCACAUCCGUCACAACAGCAGAGUCGAGUGAAGCAGUGACUCCAGAGGCUACUCCUACACUGGAGCAGCAGCCAGUCUUAGUCUCCCCCUCAGUCUCAGUUUCCUCUGCAGCACCUGGGUCUGUGCAGCACACUCUGGAAGAGCGGAUCUCCAUGUAUCAGACUGCAUUGAAGAACGCCAAAGCAGCAGGAGAAACCUCAAAAGUCAGGAGGAUAGAACGAGGGCUCAAGUCUCUCCAGUCCAUGUUAACUGCAGUAAAAAAGGGCAGAUCUGUGAAUGAGGCAGACAUCCCUCCCCCUGUGGCCACUGGAGCUUCACGACCCCCUCCACCUGCACCCACCACUUCAUCAGACUCAUCCCCACUAGAGUGCACUGCUCCUGGGGAAGAAUCGGAGCCUGUGUCCCCCUCUCCAGCCAUACCAGAGAUCACCGUGGUGAGCAGCCCUGAAGAGGAACAGCCAUCUUCUGAAUCUGCUGCUAAUUUAAGUGAGCUACCAACCCCAGAGGAAUCAAAAAACAGUAAUGAACAACCACAAGACAGCAAAACAAAUGUGAAUGAUACCAUGCGGAUGAUGCUUUUGGAGAGGCAGAGAGAAUACAAGAUGGGCGCUUUGAGUGCCAAGAAACAGGGGGACAAGGAUCAAGCAAUGCAGUUCUUCAGGAUCAGCAAGGGCUUUGAUGCAGUGUUGGAGGCAUUGGGGAGAGGAGAAUCUGUGGACCUCAGUAAUCUCCCACCAUCCCUAAAACAGGGCUCUGGAGGAAACUCUGCUCCUGUGAAAGACCCUCCUUCACAAGCUGCUCCACCAGCGCCCUCUGCUGCUCCAGCUGCCUCCUCUGCACCUCCUCCUCCAAAAGAUGCGCUGGAGGCUCUUGAACAGAGAAAGGCCAAAUAUCUGGAGGCUUCAGCUCAGGCCAAAGCCAAUGGGGAUGAGCGCAAAGCUCGCAUGCACGACCGCAUCGCCAAGCAAUACCAGAAUGCCAUUCGAGCUCACAAGGCAGGAAAAGUGGUUAAUUUUGAUGAGCUCCCAGUUCCUCCUGGCUUCCCUCCGAUCCCCGGACAGAAAACUCCAGAGGCAAAUCAGGGGAUAGUGGUGGCUUUGGAGGCUGCUCACAAACUGGCCUCUACAGACGUCAACCAAACUGCAGAAGAAGAAGAAGAAGAAGAGGGAGAGGAGCAGGAAGGCGAGUCAAAGCCAGAGGAGCCCAAAAAGCUACUACUGGACCUGCCGCCAGCUCCACAGAAGAAGAGGACCCCAUCUCCAGACCGAAGAUCUCAGAAGGAUGCACUCUCUCCUACAUCCGCAGAGCAGGUGCAGCUUUUGGAGAACAGGAGGAAGCAGUUUUUGAAGGCGGCUCUUCAGGCCAAACAGAAAAACGAGCUGGACCAGGCCAAAACUCUGCUGCGGAAAGCCAAAGGACUGGAGCCCAUGAUCGAAGCAGCUCGAGGGGGGAGAGCUGUGGACAUCAGCCAGAUUCCGUCGCCCCCUGGUGAUGAGGAGGAUGAUUUCAUCAUGGUUCACCACAGCGACGUUCAGAUCUCAGAGAAAUCAGAGCAAAUUUAUGCUCAGCUCACCAAGAUCCUCCAAGAGCAGUAUGAGAAAUGCAUGACUCACUCCAAGCAGUUCACUCAUUUGGGCAACGUCAAAGAGACAACCAAGUUUGAGAAAAUGGCAGAGAGCUGUAAGAAGAGCCUGGAGCUGCUGAAGCUGAGUCAUAGUAGAGGGUUACCACCUCCUAAACACCACUUUGAGGAGAGGGCAUUACACACUGUCGGUAUAUUCCCAGAACUGAGCAGUACAGAGAUGGUGGUUAUGAUUGUCAAAGGAAUUAAUCUACCUGCCCCCAAUGGCAUCCAAACGAAUGACUUGGAUGCCUUUAUAAAGUUUGACUUUCCCUACCCCAGUACAGAGCAGCCACAGAAGCACAAAACAUCUGUCAUCAAGAACACAAACUGUCCAGAGUACAACCAGAACUUCACAUUAACAAUAAACCGAAACCACAGAGGAUUCAGGCGUCUGGUAACAUCUAAAGGCUUAAAAUUGGAGCUGUUUCAUAAAGGUGGUUUUCUGCGAAGCGACAAACCGAUCGGGACAGCAGUGGUCAAACUGGAAGGCCUGGAAAAUCAGAGCGAAAUUAGGGAGAUCGUGGAGGUGAUGGAUGGUCGUAAACACACCGGGGGCCGAGUGGACGUGAAGGUCCGUCUUCGAGAGCCUCUGAGCGGGACAGAGCUCCAGACCAGCUCCCUCAAGUGGUUGGUCAUCGACCAGGUCUAGUUUAAAUGUGCUGCAAGAAACAAGUUCAAAUGAAAGAUUGACCUGAUCCAAUCAAACUCUCAGAGAAAGAGCACAACACUGUUCACAGGUGUGGCUCCUUUUAGACUUUUGCACAUUGAGACACAAGCUCCAACAACAGAGGACUGAACCGGGUCUGCACCAGGACUGGACUGGACUGGACCUUGGGGGUUUAGGGUCUGUACCAUAGGGUCCUUGUGUUGGUGAGUUGUUAAUGGAAUGAAGGACAAACAUCUGAUGACUUUGUAAAUUGUCUAAAGCCUUUGUAAUUGGGUAAAGAUGCAAAGAAGCCUCAGUAUCACUUUCAUAAUUUCAAAUAGGAAGUUUAAAGAAACACUAAACUGGGUGUGAAUUUAGUCGCAGUCUGAUUCUUGAAAACCCAGUGGUUUCUGCCCCACAACUAAAUAGUAGAACUUUCAAUCUUUUGGAUACAUUUCUGCACUGGUAGCCCUUAAAGUGGAACUAAACACUAAAUACACCUUUUUGCUGCUGAACUGUUUAUAUGAUGCUUUAAUAACAUUAUCUACUGUUCCUAGUCAUUUUUGGCAACUUUAGUGCAAACUAGGUAAAUGUACAGCUUUCUUGGGAAAAAAAAAAAUCCUGAAUCUCAGUGGCCACUGCAAUUUCUAGUAGCUGGUGACAUCACACAGGACUGCUCUAAUUACAGCUAGGUGUUUCUGAUUACAAAGACCUGGCUGCAGGGGAGGAGUUUGAAGUGUGGUUACAUGUUAGACCAAUCACACUGUUCCUUUUAUCUCUAAACCCCACCCCUCCUUCCCCCUCUUUUUUCUUUAGUCCUCCUGAUACUACUCAGUUUAGCAGCACUAUUUGAAAGAUGGUUGUGGGUGGAGUUUAGAUGUUUAGUCCCACUUUUAUGCUCUUGAAUUAGCCAUGCACUGAAUCAACCUUCUUUUACAACUAAACUUUCUACAUGGCUUUUUAAUACCACUCUACUGUCUGGUUACUGGUCUAAAACAGCCAAAUGUGUGCACCAGACUAUGGUUAAACUGAUGUCACAAGCCUCUUCAAAUACAAUGACAAACUCCUUUACUCUCCUUUAGUCCUCCAGGCAAUGCCAAGUUUAAAGGGCCUAUAUUAUGCUGUUUUCUGAUCUAUGUAAUAAUGUUGUUUCCUCGUCAAAAACAUACUUUGGUUUUGUUUUGUUUCAUUCACACAUGAAUAACACACAAACUGCAUAUUUAGGCUGAGUUCUUCUCUCAAACAGAAAACACCCUGACUUAUUUUGUCAUGUGGUAAUACAUGUCAAGUGCUCCACUGUGUUUUUAAACUUUAUACACCUUCACUAGAAUCAUUUGUAUAACUUGAGCUCUGGAAUAGCUAAUCUCUACUAAAUCAAAGGUCAAAGGUUAACUUUUAACUUGAAAACUGCCACUUCAUUACAUCACAUGGUGUUUUUGAGGAGGAAACAACAUUCUAACAUGCCUAAAAGCUCACAAGAAUCAGUUUAGUGUAAUAUAGAACCUUUAAGUUUGAUUCUUAUGUGAACAGAUAACACAGACUCCCGAUCCUCAAGGACGGUCUCUGUUUGAAAGAGUUUGGUGUCGACUUUAGCUUUUCCUGCUGCAACCUUCCUCAGAAGAGUCUAAUAAUCAAAUACAGCUGUCUCCUAUGUAAAUAAACUAUGCACUUAACCAAAGUCAAUCACUGUUGCUGAAAUGCCUUGAGCUGCUGCUGCUGUUGACUGUUGUCUGUCUAAACUCUAAACUAAUAAUAUUAAUCAAUGUUUUAUUAUUUGUGCUAUGGUACAGAGGAGCAGGAGCACACAGCUGAUACGUUUACAUUUGAGAGCAGAUUUUUAAAGUAGGAUAGUAUGUGGUACGACAGCUUCAAAAACCUGAUGCGAUGUGCUGUAGUUUCAUUAACAAACUGCACACCAAUUAUUAUAUAUUGGCUCUCUGAAGGGGGAGUUACUUAGCGCAGAGAGCAAAGUGAUACCCCAGCAACUUAUAAGACAUGUUCAUGCGAAUACAGCAUUUUCCCAAAAAAUUGAAGGUAACAUAGUCAUCGAAAUAUGUUAUGAGUUAGCUGUUAAUACCCCCAUAAAAAUAUUCUGUUGCAAACCUAAAUCAUACUAUUUUUGUACCACAUAAAAUCCUACUGUAAAAAUCCCUUUGUUGUCAUAUUGUAGGAGCAGUUUGCCAAGGAGAGAAUCGUAGAGCUAAUAGAAAUGGUACAGUAGUUUUCCUGUUUUUAAACUGAUGUAAAGAUGUACGAUGUAACUUUUCCGGAGGAGGGUCGACUGUCUGCUUGACUCUGUGGAUGUUAUAGUGUUAAGUGAUGAUGUCACUUCCGGGUCCAAAGAGAAACUUGUUUUUGUUCCUUAUUGAUCAAACAAGAGACAAUUACCUUUCAAAAGUGUAUGCUUAACCACAAACUGUAUGAAAUAUGUAAAUAAUAUAGUAAUAAUCUAUCAUAACAUGGGAUUACCAGUGUGUAUGACUCAUUAACUGCCGUAACCGCUAACGCUAACCGCCUAGCCUAGCUUCUUACCUCAACACUUUGUUACCCUUAUAACCAUAGAUCCAUACUUAUAACCCAGUUAGCUUAACACAACUCUAAUCUUUUUUUAAGGGAGAUGUGUUGUUAAAAAAAAAAAAAAAAAAAAAAAAAAAAGGAAAUUGUAACCCUGUUCAUUGUUUUCAAUCAGCUGAUGGACCCGGAAGUAACAUCACACUUUACACAUCUAUUGCUUUAUGCUUUACCUUGAAUAUUCCACAGUAAAGCAAUAGAUAUCAUAUAUAUUCAUGGAGAUAAGCAGGUCAUACUUCAAGGUCAAGGUCAGAUCUGUGGAGAGGCGAGUCCACUCACAGGAAAAAUGCUAUAAAAGCACCUGGCAUUGAAGCAAGAGUGACACAUUUAAAGCCAUACUGUGGAAUAUUCGUGGCAAAAGAAUAAAAUCUCCAUGGAGAUAAGCAGGUGCUGAAUCCCUCACCAGAAAAGUUACAUAGUGUGCCUUUAACUUUUUUUUUGCACCUUUGUUUUCUCCCAACUGUGGUUUAUAAAUGCAAUUGCAUCAGUGUACUAUCUAAGAAAAUGUAUCUGUCAAAUUUAUUAUUAUUAUUAUAAAAAAUUAAAGGGCCAGCUCACCUUAAAUAUGUUACUAUAAUUAUUUUUUUUCAUC